UCCUCUAUAAGAAGGGACAAGAACCAAUGGACUCUUCUCUAUAUUAUUAGUUGAAAUCUUGGAUUCCGACUUGAUUAGUUCUUGACCACCCACCUCAGAGCGAAGCUACUGCUACUCUGGGUUUGGCUCUGUCUCUGAGUUUAUCAUUGGACCGUAAAGAAGGAUGAGGGUUUAUGCAGUUGAAGUGGAAAGUGGGAAGGAAGGGAAGGAUGGGUCACCAUCAGUUGGGCCUGUUUACAGGAGUGUAUUGUCCAAAGAUGGUUUUCCUCUCGUCGAGAAUGAUGUGAAUACUUCUUGGCAUCUUUUCAGGGAUGCCGUCGAGAGGUUCCCUCGAAAUAGAAUGCUUGGAUGGAGAGAAAUAGUUAACGCAAAGGCUGGUGGAUAUGUAUGGAAAACUUUCAAGGAAGCCUAUGAGGAGGCCCUGCAAAUUGGUUCUGCUUUGCGCUCAUCUGGUGCAGAACCGGGCUGCCGGAUUGGAAUAUAUGGAGCUAACUGUCCUCAGUGGAUAAUUGCAAUGGAGGCUUGCAAUGCCCACAGUUUAAUUUGUGUGCCUCUUUAUGAUACUUUGGGGGAAAAUGCUGUCGACUUCAUAAUUGAACAUGCCGAGAUUGAGCAUGUCUUUGUUCAGAGCAAAAAAUUGCCAGGGCUUCUUAAAAAUAAUGGUCAAUCUGUAACGAGGCUGAAAUCUGUUAUUUGCUUUACAUCAUUUCCAGAAAAACAGAAGGAAGAUGCAGCAAGGAUGGGAAUCCCAGUACAUUCCUGGGAUGAGUUUCUAAUGAUGGGAAAGGAAAAUUCUGUGGAUAUUUCACCUCCUAAGCCUCGUGACAUCUGCACAAUUAUGUACACGAGUGGCACCAGUGGGGCACCAAAAGGCGUCGUUUUGACUCAUGAAACUCAUGCGAUGCAAGUAAAAUCAAUUGAUAUUUUCAUGUCACAGUUUGAAGAUAAGAUGUUAGAGGGUGAUUGCUACUUAUCAUUUCUUCCUCUUGCUCACAUCCUGGACCGUAUUGUUGAGGAAUACUUUUUCCACCAUGGGGCUUCUGUUGGCUACUGGCAAGGAAAUAUCGAGACUCUGAAGGAUGAUCUCGUGGAACUGAAACCAACACUGUUUGCUGGGGUCCCAAGGGUAUUUGAAAGAGUGAAUGCAGGUGCAAUGAAGGCAUUAAACGAAGUAAGCCCCAUAAAGAGAAUGAUCUUCAACAUUCUUUACAAAUACAAACUCUGUUUGAUGAAUAUGGGCUAUAAGCAAAGAUUGGCAUCUCCUUUUGCAGACUUGCUUGCUUUUCGCAAGAUUAAGGCUGGAAUGGGAGGCCGUGUUCGUCUGAUCAUAUCAGGUGGUGCUCCAUUGCGUGAAGAGGUUGAGGAAUACUUGAGAGUUACCAGUGGUGCAUUUGUCGUACAAGGAUAUGGGCUGACAGAGACAUGUGGAAUGAGCACAAUUGCCUGUCCAGAUGAAUUGGGCAUGAUUGGAACUGUUGGUGUUCCUGGCACAUACAUUGAUAUGCGCCUAGAAGAAGUGCCAGAAAUGGGCUAUAGUCCAUUUGGGAAAACUCCACGUGGGGAGAUAUGCUUCAGGGGCAAGACACUUUUCUCUGGGUACUACAAGAAUCCUGAACUAACAAAUGAGGUCUUCAAGGAUGGAUGGUUUCACACUGGGGAUAUAGGAGAAUUACUACCCAAUGGAGUGCUAAAGGUUAUCGACAGGAAGAAGAAUAUUUUCAAACUUUCUCAAGGGGAGUAUAUUGCAGUAGAAAAUCUGGAGAGAAUAUAUGCAGCAGCUCCUAUUGUUGAAGAUAUUUGGGUGUAUGGAGACAGCUUCCAGUCUAUGUUGGUCGCAGUAGUGAUUCCAAAUGAAGAGCACACUAAGGAAUGGGGAGAGCUUAACGGCCAUGUGAAUUCCUUUAUUGAAUUAUGUGCACUUCCUCAGUUGAAAAAACAUAUUCUUCUUGAGCUGAAGUCUGCUGCUGACAAAAACAAAUUGAGGAAGUUUGAGCAUAUCAAGGGCAUUAUUGUGGAGGCCACGCGCUUCGAAGCACAGCCUGAUCUUCUCACUCCCACAAUGAAGAAAAAGAGAGCUCAACUACUGAAACACUAUAAGGCUGAUAUUGAUAAUCUCUACAAUAAUCUGAGGGAAGGAAAGAUAUGAGGUCGGUGCUUCAAGUAAAGUUCCCUUCGCCAUGCAGUUACAUUGCAUCGUUGGUAAAGCCAAGUCAUGUUGUAGAGUUUUUUUCGACAGCUUGGUUUAUUGAUUAUGGUAAUUUGCGUUCUGUGCUUCGUGCUUCAGGAGAAUCUGUUCACCGGUCUCUCCUACAAUGUAUCAUUAAGCCAUUACUAUAUGUUGGAUUCUA